AUGCUGCAGGAUAAGGGCCUGUCGGAGAGCGAGGAGGCCUUCCGGGCCCCGGGCCCCGCGCUCGGGGAGGCCAGCACCACCAACGCCACCAACGCCCCCGAGCCCGCGCUGGCCGCGCCCGGCCUUAGCGGAGGAGCAACUCUCGGCAGCCCCCCGGGCCAGGGUGCCGACGUCGCCGCUGCAGCCGCGGAUUCUCCUUCCUCCCACUCCCAGACCAUCGAGAACAUCAAGGUGGGGCUGCACGAGAAGGAGCUGUGGAAGAAGUUCCAUGAAGCAGGCACCGAGAUGAUCAUCACCAAGGCCGGCAGGAGGAUGUUCCCCAGCUACAAGGUAAAGGUCACGGGCAUGAACCCCAAGACCAAGUACAUUCUGCUCAUCGACAUUGUCCCCGCGGAUGACCAUCGCUACAAGUUCUGUGACAACAAAUGGAUGGUCGCAGGGAAGGCGGAGCCGGCCAUGCCAGGGAGGCUUUAUGUCCACCCGGACUCUCCCGCCACGGGGGCCCACUGGAUGCGGCAGCUGGUCUCCUUCCAGAAGCUGAAGCUGACAAACAACCACCUGGACCCCUUUGGCCAUAUCAUCCUCAACUCCAUGCAUAAGUACCAGCCGCGGCUGCACAUCGUUAAGGCCGAUGAGAACAAUGCUUUUGGCUCCAAAAACACAGCCUUUUGCACCCACGUGUUCCCAGAGACCUCCUUCAUCUCCGUGACCUCCUACCAGAACCACAAGAUUACACAGCUGAAAAUUGAGAACAACCCUUUUGCCAAGGGAUUCCGGGGCAGUGACGACAGUGACCUGCGUGUGGCCCGGUUGCAGAGCAAGGAGUAUCCGGUGAUCUCGAAAAGCAUCAUGAGGCAGAGGCUCGUCUCCAGCCAGCUCUCGGCUAAACCCGAUGUCAGCCCCCUGCACAGCGCACACCAGGCACUGCAGCACUACCAGUAUGAGAAUGGGGCCCACAUGCAGUUUGCUGCUGCAGAGCCCCAGGACCUGCCCCUCAACACCUUCCCAACGCAAAGGGACUCCAGCCUCUUCUACCACUGCCUGAAGCGCAGAGACAGUGCCCGUCACCUGGAUUUACCCUGCAAACGAUCCUAUCUGGAAACUCCCUCUUCGGUGGGGGACGAUCACUAUUUCCGUUCUCCCCCUCCCUAUGACCAGCAGAUGCUGAGUCCUUCCUACUGCAGUGAGGUGACCCCCAGAGAGGCCUGUAUGUACUCGAGUUCAGGGCCUGAGAUUGCGGGGGUGUCUGCUGUGGACGACUUGCCCCCACCCCCACUGAGCUGUAACAUGUGGACAUCGGUCUCGCCGUAUACCAGCUACAGCGUUCAGACCAUGGAGACUGUGCCUUACCAGCCCUUCCCUACACACUUCACCACCACCACGAUGAUGCCUCGGCUGCCCACCAUCUCUGCCCAGAGCGCCCAGCCACCAGGAAAUGCCCACUUCAGUGUGUAUAAUCAGCUGUCCCAGUCUCAGGUCCGAGAGCGGGGGCCCUCUGCUUCCUUCCCUAGAGAGCGUGGCCUCCCCACAGUGUGUGAGAGGAAGCCGCCCUCACCCCACCUGAAUGCUGCCAACGAGUUCCUCUACUCACAGAGCUUCUCCUUGACCCGAGAGUCAUCCCUACAGUAUCAUUCAGGAGUGGGAACUGUGGAGAACUGGACUGAUGGGUGAUGUGACUGCUGUAUUCGUGACAGCCCCAGGACCAUGUCAAUCCAGUAUUAAUUAACCUCUGUGGGUGGCCGGCACUGCCAAGAAACAUGGAAAGGUAUUUCAGAAGGGGUGUGUGUGUGUGUGUGUGUGUGUGUGUGUGUGUGUGUAUGCAUGCAUGCAUGCUUAUGCUUCUACAAGCCUGUAUGUGAUUGGAGAGCAUCUGUCUUCUGCAGCUAAGGCCAAAACAAGGAAAAAAAAUGCAAUUAUCUAAGAAGUAAUUUUGGCUUCAGGAGCCAAGCCCACUGUUAACCUGGCAUCUCUUGACGUGCCCUGGGUGGGACAGAAGUGGAGGGCUCAUGAGUUAUCUAGAGGUUUCUGAACUAUACUCUGAUUUUACUCAGGGGCCAGCUGAGGCCUCUGGCACAGAGAGGGCCUUUCUUUGCUGGGAUUGGGGGAAUCUGUGCUUACUUAGGGCCCUUGGCCUUCCACCUGUAAGGGGAGCCGCCGCCCGCCACUCUUGGGAACAGGAGUACCCCCCUCCUUUGGCUUCUGGAGAUUGUAUGAGACUACCUGAGCCUUAGAGAGCUGUGAGAGUGGAAUUGGCCGUACGUCAGCCUGGACGUGGAGUCCUGGAGCUCCAGGGUCUGAGGCAUGACUUUCAGAAAGGGUCAUGUGCCAAAUGUCACCUCAUGGUGUGUGCUUUUCCUUCGAGAGGAGGGGAAAUGCCACCAGUAAUUAUCUCUAUGAUCAAGUUUCAUCAUCACAAAGUCCAGAGCCCCUCCCCCCAGUCACAGCACAUGGCCUGUCAGUCCCAUCUGCAUCCUGUGAUGGGCAGUCAAACAUACCUUACCUGGCUAUAUCCCGUGGAGCUCUCAUCAGAACUGAUGUUACACAUCUGCUAGACCCGUUCUGCCCCAGGAAAUCUGCAUCCCUGGAGCAAGGAAGCCGGCAGAAGGAAACGGACAGCUGAGGAAAAGUACAUCAGUGUUCCAGCUCGGAGGAGCAGAUAAUUCUUUCAGAAUGGGGAAUGAGGAGAGCACAUACUCAGUCCAUUAGCAUUGAAUGUCAGCAGAAUGGCAGGGGGACUGGUGGGAACUCUAAAUCAGGAUUUGGAAAUCACAACACUCUUUGCAUGCUGACUAGCUAUUUAUAUAUUAUAUAAAUAAAUAUAAAUAAAUAUAUCUAUAUCUCACAAAUGCGGGGCCACAUGUCAAAUUCAGCUUUGCUUUUUUACAAAUAGAGUUACUGAAAAAGGAUGCUGGAGGGAGUAUUUGGAAAGACAUCUAUUUAAAUUUUUAUUACAUUUGAUGUUAUCUAAGAAUGGUUUAGAUAUAUAUAUAUAAAAAUUAUAAAUGCACACACUACAGAUAAAGCUUUAUUAGAAAACACAUUAGCUGACAGGUGGUAUGAAACUUCCAAGUGUUCUGGUAUAUAGCAUGGACAUUUUAUUUUGCAUAUUGGAACA